GUUUUUGCUGCCAGUGCUAUGUGUUGACGCUGGAGCGACGCUGUAAAGGUUAGAGCCCUCGGCGUUAUCGAUUAGGCUGAUCGGAGUCGCAAUGGCUUCUGAUAACGAUGAUGUAAAUGAGCAACUCAUUGAAUGCUAUAGGCAGAGGUUGCGAGAUCGUAUUGUGGUGGAUCGGGUUCUGGAAUAUAUACAUUUUAUCGAAGCCGAGACAAAGGAGCAGAUCAGACAAAAGCUGAUGACCGAUGGUAACAUUCAAGCCACGGAUCACCUUAUUUCCGCAGUCAUAAAGAAGCCACAUGAGCCUGGCUGGUUCAGGGCAUUUGUUGACGCGUUGUCGCAUGCAGGGUGUCAAUCUGCAGCGGACUACAUGCAGGCCAAUGCCCCGGAACCUGAAGUGGAGGCAGAAAAUGAUAUCUCUGUCAAGCUCAUUCAGUUGCUCUCUCCAAGUCUUGUGGACAUGAAGACUGAAGUUGUGUGCCUCGAAUGUUUCUCCCAAGGCCUAAUCACCAAGGAUGAUGAUGAGAUUAUUAAAGCUGCAACAAAAAACCAAGGAAACAAGAUUGGAGCCCGUGAACUUCUUAGAUGUAUCGUGAGAGGUCGACCAGGAUGGUUUUCUGAAUUUCUCGAGAUUCUGCGUAAAACUGAACACAAGCACCUGUACGAGCUGACUGGAGGGCCUGACUCUGACAAGAAAGGCUCAGAGGUGAAAGAUGAACCUAUGGAGAGUGAAGCUUCAGCAGCAUCUGAAUGCUGUGAUAGCCAACAGUUAAUGGUCAUCAGCUAUUCGGAGGAGCCUCAGGGUGAAGCAGACCUGUAUGGAGCAGCUAGCCCUGAACCCAGUCAACUGCCAGAAAAAUCGAAGCCCCCACAACCAGAUUCAGUAGCAGCGGCUGGCAGCCCAGAAAAAACUGAAAUUGUUCUUCGAGAUUAUCAGAAGGAUGUCGCUAGUCCUGCCUUGGAGGGGAAAAACAUCAUCAUCUGCCUCCCGACAGGAAGUGGUAAAACCAGAGUUGCAGUUUAUAUUACCAAAAAACAUCUGGACCACAGGAGGGCCGAGGGGCAUUCAGGGAAAGUGGUCAUCCUGGUGAACAAGGUUCCACUUGUUGAGCAGCAUUACUCUGCAGAGUUCUUGCCAUUUUUGAAGUCCACAUAUAAAGUGGAGAGAGUCAGUGGAGACUGCCAGCUCAAAAUCUCAUUCACAGAGAUUGUGAAGAAAAAUGACGUCAUCAUCUGCACAGCCCAGAUCCUUGAGAAUUUCUUGGAGAGGUCUAACAAAGGAGAGGACGAAGGGGUGAAAUUGAGCGAUCUGACACUGAUCGUAAUAGAUGAGUGUCACCACACUCAGAAAGGAGAAGUCUACAACCACAUAAUGAUGCGCUAUCUGACGCAGAAGCACAAAAACAGAAGGUUACAGAAAGAGCAGAAGGAGCCCAUGCCCAUCCCUCAGAUCCUGGGCCUGACUGCCUCACCUGGUGUCGGGGGUGCCACCAAAAUGGAGAAAGCUGAGGACCACAUACUGCGCAUUUGUGCAAACUUGGAUGCUUACAGAAUCAUGACUAGGGAACUUGGGGCGUACCAAAGGGAACCAAGGAAAAUCAUUAACACUGUUGAAGACAGAAAAGAGGAUCCCUUUGGUGAUGUAAUCAAGAACAUCAUGAAUUCCAUUCAUACACAUGCCGAGCUAAGCCCCACCUCUGACCUCGGCUCUCAGAAUUAUGAACAGUGGGUAGUUCAAAAAGAGCGAAUAGCUGCAACAGAGGGAAAUCAGAAAGUGCGGGUUUGCUCUGAGCACCUUCGACAGUACAGCGAGGGCCUGAAUCUCAGCAACACCAUUCGAAUGCGUGAUGCCUUCAGUUUCCUGAACAAAUACCACGAGGAGGAGAUGAAGAACAAAACAUCACCAGAUGAGGAGCAUGAUAUUAAAAUCACAGAUACUGAGAGAUUCCUCUUCAAUUUGUUUAAAGAGAACAAGGAAGAGUUGCAGAGACUCGCAGCGAAGCCAGAGUAUGAAAAUGACAGCCUGUCAAAACUAAGAUGUAAAAUUCUGCACGAGUUCAGCAGCAGGGAUGCGGCCAGAGGGAUCAUUUUCACCAAAACACGUCGCAGCGCCAUCGCUCUGAGUCAGUGGAUUCAGGAAAACCCCAAGUUUGCUGACAUUGGAGUGAAAGCCUCAUAUGUGAUUGGAGGAGGAGACCAGAGUGUUGUGAAACCGAUGACCAAUGCAGAGCAAAGGGACGUGCUAAACAAAUUCCGCCACGGUGAAAUCAACGUGCUGAUCGCUACCACAGUUGCUGAGGAGGGUUUGGACAUACCAGCGUGCAAUUUUGUUGUCCGCUACGGCCUGGUGACCAAUGAGAUAGCUAUGAUUCAGGCUCAAGGCAGAGGAAGAGCUGAGGACAGCAGUUACACUCUGGUCGACGUGAAGAACUCUGGGGUGGCCGAGAAGGAGUGUGUCAAUGAGUACCGCAUUGGCAUGAUGAACAAAGCCAUUACCAAAAUCAGAGCCUUAGAUCAAGCCGUCUAUGACAAACGGAUCUUCGAGUUUCAGUUUCAGGCUAUUAUGGAGGAAAAGGUGAGAAUGACUAAGAAGAAGCAGAAACACAUGCAGGAUGAGAAGGGUGAAGUGAAGUUUAGCUGCCGAGGCUGCAACAAACACGUCUGCACCGGCGAUGACAUCCAGAUCAUCGAAGCGAUGCACAGAGUCAAUGUCUCACUAGAGUUCAGUCAACUUUUCAUUCAGAGAGAAAACCCUACUCUUCAAGAGCGACUUCUUGAUUACGAGACCAAUUACCACAUCGCAUGCAAGGACUGCGGGCAGAGAUGGGGUUCCAUGAUGCUCUACCGAGGGAUCGACUGCCCUUGCCUCCAUGUGAAACACUUUGUGGUGACUUUCAACGGAAACAAGAUCAGCAAAUGCACCAAGUGGAGUGAGCUCAAAAUUAAGUUUCCCGUCUUUGACUAUGCUGAACAAGCGAGCCGGGUGACAGAGAGCUUCGAUGACGAAGACGAUGAAUGAGUCAUACCUACGAAGACUCCUUCAUUUUUCUGUUGUAUUCUUAUCUUUGGCUUGCACAGCAUGAAUUACUAUACCCAUCACUCUGGCAAAUGCAAUGCUUCCUUCGAGUGCUACAAUAUCAUGAUAACCGGAGUCACUGAUGGUGGUGGAUUUAAUCAUGUGCUAUAAACAUGAGUUUGAUUUUUUGCUGUACGGGAUACUGUGAAUUUACUGCAGGAACUCUAACAAUCAUAGAAUAAAUGUGCAUAUUGUUUACAUCACUGAUACAGAAUUAACUGGGAAAUAUGAUUUUCCUCUCAAACCCCUGCGGUCUCCUGAGAUUGGAGCCACUAAGCCUGUGAUAGCCCCUCAGAGCCCACCUGUCAGCACACAUGCAGACAAACAAGUGCUGCUGGUGAUUUUCCAUUAAAUCCAACUGUUGAACCAGACACAGGUGCUAUUUUUAGAAGUAUAAGAACUGUUUCCACAUACAGAAAGACACCUGAGUGAUCUGAUUGUCCGGGGCAUGCACAAACAUGCAAGUUGUUUGGUUCCUUAAGUCAUAAAACUAAGGAACCUCUCAGCACUUGUAUUCGUAUUAGUUUGUUGCACUUAUUGUUUUCGUAGUAAUUUGCCUCUGCACUGUACUUUUGCUCUGGUUUAUGCUUUAAGAUGCUUGUUUAAGAAAGGAGAUGCACUUAUGCCUUCUGGUGACUAGUAGUUCUCUUGAAUACCUAUGCUGAAUACACUUAUUGUAAGUCGCUUUGGAUAAAAGCGUCUGCUAAAUGACUGUAAUGUAAUGUAAUGUAACUAUGUCCACUAUCUGGCUUAUCGUUUUAUGUUUUAAUGGAUUGAUGUUCUAAAUAACUAAUUCACAUCAUAAUAAAAAAAAAAAAAUGACUUG